AUGUCACCCUCCGAAAUUUUCCCCUUCAAAGUCGAUAUUCCCUCCUCAGAGGUCGACCGCUUGAAACGCAAACUCCUCGACACUCGCCUACCUCCAAAACCAAUCGUACCUGAUGCGGGUUCCAGAUAUGGACCAACGUUCGAAUGGGCCAAGAAUCUCUACGAUGCCUUGAUCAAUGACUUUGACUGGUAUCCCAUUCAAGAUCAGAUCAACUCUGCUCCCCAUUUCCUCACCCGCCUUGAAGACGUCAAGAUUCACUUCGUGCAUGCCAAGUCUCCACGUCCAGACGCCAUUCCUCUCUUGAUGGUCCAUGGCUGGCCCGGCUCAUUCUUCGAGUUCAAUCAAGUUUGGGGUCCCUUGUCAAAUCCUUCCGACCCAUCUCUCCCAGCAUUUCAUGUUGUAUUACCUUCCAUGCCGGGUUAUUGUUUUUCCGACUGGCCUCCUCGCUCGGGUUGGACUCUGCAAGACAAUGCACGAAUCUUCAACGCUCUGAUGAAGAGGCUCGGGUAUAAAGAGUACAUGAUCCAGACGGGUGAUUGGGGCCAUUGGGUUGGGAGGGGAUUGGGAAGAUCACAAUCAAAUCACGGUGCCGUUUGGCUACACAGGUUUCUACUGGGACACGGAGCCAAGUUCGAAAAGAGCUGUGGAGAGGACGGGCAAUCUGAGAGGAAUGAUGGCGGCCACUAUGCUGCGUUGGAGGAUCCAGAAGGCAUCACAGAGGACGUUCAGGAACUCGCAGCGAAGUACUGGAAGAGUGAUGCCUUGAAAUGA